AUGAAAGCUCUUGUUCUAAAUACAUCCCUGAAAUCGGCAAUCGUGGAAGAUGCCGAUCGCCCAACACCAGGUUCCAACGAGAUUCUUGUCAAUGUGCGCGCCAUAGCGCUAAACCCAGUAGAUCAACUCUACGUGUCGUCACCAAUUGCAGCUCAAGAGAAGAGAGUUGUCGGCACUGACUUUGCUGGCGUUGUUGUUGAAGCUGGAUCCGAGAUCACUGAUUUAUCUGAUCCCAGAGUCAAAGUCGGGACUCGUGUUGCUGGUUUUCUCCAAGGGGUCGUCCCUUAUGAUCUCGUGUGGAAGGUCCCCGAUAGUCUGAGUUUCGAAGAAGCUUCGACGAUUAGCAUGUGCGGCUUGACUGCAGCUCAGGCUCUAUUCGGUCGUCUUGGCUUGCCAUCUCUAUUUUCCUUGGCGCCGCAAUCGACGUCCGGAGGCGAUACCAAAAUCACCAACCUCUUCAUUUAUGGAUCAUCGACUUCAGUAGGGCUGUAUGCCGCGCAGCUCGCUCGCAUAGCUGCCACGGUAUCUGGAAUGUCUAUUCGACUGAUAGGCGCAGCUAGUUCAUCUAAGCACGAUAUGCUUCGGAAUGAGCCCUAUAGUUAUGAUGUCCUCGUGGACUAUAGAGAUGAUGACUGGGUUGAAAAGGUGAAGGGCGCUACGAAUGGGGACGGCGUUGAUCUUGCGCUGGACUGUAUCUCAGAGGGUCAGACAGUGUACAAAACCCGCGAGACUCUGGCUCCUUCGGCAAAGUUCGCAGUAAUUCGCGGGCCAGUUGGUGGACAAUAUGAUCCAGCACUACUAGCUAUCAAACCUACCUAUGGCGCUGUCUGGGAAGGUCUUGGUGUUGAAGUUGGGUAUAAUGACUCUGUCAUCCCGGCGAAUCCAGAUGCGCAUGUAUUCGCAAAGAAGUUUUACGACUUCUUGAGUAUGCCACUUCCAUCGGGCAGGGCGCAACUCGAGCCCAAUCCUGUGAGAAUGAUGCCUGGAGGUCUUGAGAAAGUAACAAAAGAUGGAUUUCGUCUUCUUGGUACGGGCUUAGUUAGUGACAGGUCAAAAAUUCAGCGACCAGAAGAGUACAUGCGCCCAAUUAGUGCUGAGAAGUUGGUUUACUCGCUUUAG